AUGCUCCGAAAGAGCCCCGAGGAUAAGACUGGGGUAAACCCGACAUUGACUGGGGCUUCUGAACACACCGGACAUCGAAGCGACCUUGCCAAACAGCCGCCGUUUCGGUGGAAAAAGUCUGGUAAGAUUUCGAUGCUCAAGAGGAGAGAAAAGCAAUUGGCGGCUCGACCGACCAGGAUUGAUAUGAAGCAGGGGUUCUUGAGCCAGAGCCAGAGCCAGCUGGCAGACCACCCAUUUUCCACAACAGCGGCGGCGCGGGAUGAUGGAUCGGUAUGGGCAUGCCAUCAUCAAAAGGCUAGACUCACGCUGUUGUCGAAGGGGUACGAUGACGUCCCAGGUGCUUUCUUGAGCAGGAACGGUUGA